AUGGAGCCACGGAAAGCGGUGGAGAAGAUGCAUCCGAAGCUCUCCCCAUCGCCGGAGAUGCCCACCGGGGAGCAGGCACAGCUCCGAUCACUGCGUAGUUCUCGCGCCUCUAGCGAGGCGCGCUCGGAGCAGGGGCCAGCGGCCUCUUACAGCGGUUCUUUGCAGGACGCGCAAAUGGCCGCCUGCCGAAGCUCUCGUGCUGGCAGCGAGGUUCCGCAGCGGGAGUCGAUGACGGCCCGCACCAGUAGUGCUACGCGUCGCGACCCCUACGCCUCGUAUCGUAGCUCACGCGCUGGCAGCGAAGUGCCGGACCGCGGGUCAGUUUACGAACCGAACGAGGACCGCUCAGCCCGCAGCUCGCGGGCGGAGAGCGAGGUGCCCGAGCGCGGCGGUUACAACGAACCGGCGAUACCGUCGCCGAAGCGCACCCCUGGAAAGACGAAACAGAAUCUCGUGAUGAUGGCCGCGUCGACUGGGAGUCGCUCCGCGCUUCGAUUCAUACGCGCUGGCGGCGCUGUUAGGGGGGCAGGGAAGUCGGGGCACCGUGCCGGCGUCCACGGCGGAGGUAGGGCCCCACAGAGCGUGCGCGAGCACAUUCACAACGUCGAGCAGCGGUUAUACGGCACGGUGCACCGUGCGACGACGACCUUUCAGUUUUAUCAAAAGCUGCACUACCCGCUAGAGUAUCCGAACGCAGGAGAUGAGGCCGAAGUGGCUGAAGGCGCGACCGUGACAGAGAGCCAGGCAUACAGCGAAUCGAUGGCGUUACCGGUGGAUCCGAAGGAGCCGUCUCCACAGCCACGCUUUGGCAGCCAUAACGCCGCCACAAGUACGGAGGUCAUGGCAGGGACGUCCUUGGCUGCCGUUUGCGGGGAAGGAGACAACAUCACUGCUGCCACCGCCGCCGGGAUCUCCGCGUCGGAUCCUCGCUCAUCUACUAGUCACUCCUCCGCUGUUGCCAGUGCCGCGGCGGCCCCCCUGAUGGGUAACGUAUCGAGCGGCUACGGAGGUAGCAGCAACAGCCCGAGCCCUUGCUUCGACGAAGCAGCCUUCAACGCCUCCUUCGCCAAUGCUGACUUUCUGGAAGAGUCGAGCGACAUGCUGUCUGAAUCCUUCCGUGCGCCGCUGCCCCCCGAUGGGGAUGACAGCGCGCUACAGUCUGUGAGUGUGGUGGCGAUGGCGACACUGUUGGACCCUAUGAGCGGAGCCCCAGUUCUGGGCCUGUGCUUAGGCGACUACAGCGGCCACAUUGAAUAUUUUGAGGUGAGCACGGCGGACACCUACAACUCCUCCAUUCGCCGCAGCAAGUCGCUCAUUCAGCAACAGCAGCAACAAGAAGUCCGCUCCCUGCCGGCUGGACAAAUGUACGGCUGUGGCAAGACGCGGGGCUCGCUGCGAUACAGCAGUGACGACGGCACCGGUACCAGCGCAACGCCGAACAACUGCGGCAGCCUAGACUCGGCAGCGACGGAGAACAUUACCCAUGACAUGCGUGGCCGCGAGGUGCUGCGGCGGCAUUCGCACAAGGCGUUCGUGAAGUCGAUCAACGCCCUCACCUCCGUCGCAGUGGAGCCGUACGUGAAGUGUCUAAGCUUUGUGCGGCAGCGGUGCUCGCCGAGCAUGAUCAGCUACCUCACCGCGAACGAGCGGGUGAUCAAGCUGUUUCACGUGCGCCGUGAGGGGUUCAGUCCAUUUAACGCCUUUUCGGGGAUGGAGGAGGUAAUCGGCAAGACCUUUGCGGGGUCGCGCUACUUUGCGCGCCUGCCACCGCAGCCGGCCAUCCUGCCCAUCAAGGAGUUUGGUCCGGUGACCAAUAGCAUACAAGGCCUGAGUGUUUCCGCGGACGAGGAGACGUUCAUGAGCGUCGAGGACCUGCAGGUUUUCUGGUGGAGUUUCGAGGCGACGGACACAACGAAGGCAACGUGCAUCGCGGACCUCCGGCCGCCGUCGGGGGCCCUGGACGAGGUGGAGGAACUCGUCACUGCGUCAUCCUUUCACCCGACACACAGUUCGCUGUUCUUGCUGACCCGGAGCUCCGGCAUUCUCAACAUUGGCGACCUGCGCGACCCGCCAUCGCGCGAGGGCCGCAAGUACGCCAUCUCCUCGCAGCUUACGACGCAGCAAAACCCAUUUAGCUGCCAGGCGUACGACGAGAUCCUCUGCAGCAUCUCAGGCGCCUCUUUUUUGGGCCCCGACCACGUUGUCACGCGCGACUACCUCAGCUUGAAGCUCUGGGACUUGCGGAAGCCGGAUCAGCCGUGCGCCAUGAUGCCCGUGAUGAACUACGUCUCCAAGUACCUUGAUUCACUGUACGAGAACGACUCCAUCUUUGAUCGCUUCCCCGUCGCCGUGGAUGACAUCUCUGGCACGGUGGUGACAGGCCUCUACGACAGCGCUGUCGCCGUGUGGCAGCCGCUGCACUCGUCGCUGACUCUGGCGAACUCUCUUGUCCACUACCGCGCCGACCCGUCCAUUGAGCCUGAUGACGCCGUCGCCGGCGGGGUGGUGGAGGUGCAGGAGCUGGAGAAGUCGCUCGCCGACGCCUGGUCACAGACGCUUUCGGUGCCGCACCGUUCCCGGCCGUCGUCGCAAACAGUCGAGGACGACGACUGCGGGAUGGGGAUACCAGAGGAGGCGAUACCGGAGCCGUUCACGAACAAGGUACUUACAGUGGCCAUCGCCCCAGGGGGUGAGCGGUUCUGCUACACGUACAAGAACGGCCGCCUUGUGUACGUCUUUGAGCGCAAGAGCGACCCCCUGUGA